CUGGAGCAUCUCCCUUCGGGCCUUUGGCAAGAUGUCUCGCCAAUCAAUGCAGCCCCCGCGCCCACUUACCCUGACGGAGGAACUGGAGAAAUUGGAACAAUCCAUUACUCUCACGCUUCAAGAAAUCGACCAAAACUUCAGCCAAGCUCACCGGAUCGUUACUACAAGUAUUCUGCCCUGUGUCGAACAGUACACGGAGCAUUCCCGCGACGUUUGGGAAGGUGCCAAGUUCUGGAAGCAAUUCUUCGAAGCAAGCGCCAAUGUAUCUCUGUCGGGAUAUGAGGAACGACCCAACGAGGGCGAUACGACACAAGAUCCCUCUGUCACGGAGGAAGAGCUCUCUGCCGACGUGACCCAGAGUACAACCGGAGAAGAGCCCGACCAGACCUACGCAACGCCCUCAACCAACCGCCCGGAUAUGCAACAUGGUCAUGGCGAUGAUAUCGACCUUACCGAGCUCACCAUCUCCUCGCAUAGCACACCGCGUGCACCAGCUCCGCAGACUGGGGAAGAAGAUAUCACGAUCUCAUCUAUCGAACACUCUUCCUACGAGAAUCUGAGGAAGCAAAUCAACGAAGCCGAGGCGCCUUUCGAUAUGCCCGAUUCAUCAACUCUUCCAUCCACCCCCGGCCGUCAACAUUUCUUCCCUCCCGGAGCUUCAUCUGGAACCCCGAUGUCAUCUCCGUUCGUUCCCCCUGCCUCAUCAGCAAAGUACCAACCCACGCCAGGGGACACCCGGUACCAGAAGCCUUCGGACCCGGUCCUCCACCAGAUGCUCGACAAAACCUACCGCGUGCAAGCAACACCACUCGGCAAAGGAUACAAGAACGUCGGCGGUGGUACGGCCAGCCGCUCCAAGUUCAACAUCACACCCAAGCCAACCGCCUCGACCUCGCGGUACGGAUAUGACGACUCGCCGAUGUCCAGCCCAGAACUCGAGAAGCCUCAGAUGCACUCGGAGAUUUUCUCAUCGCCCAUCAAGGGUGUUAACACACCCGGAACAAACCGCAAGCGCCGUACCAGCAGCAAUCGUACUCGCGGCACCCCGAAGCCUGGUACAAGCGUGUUGACACCCGCGAAACCCGGUGGUCAUCGCCCCGUGUGGGACAGCGAUGACGACCUGGACGAUGAGGAUUUCGGGCCGAGUCCUCCCAAGACCAUGCAAUUCCAUAUCCCCCAGAGCCGAUUGAUGAAAACUCCUGCCAGAGAAGCUUCUAAGCGUAUCGUGACCGAUCUGCUCGCCACGGCCGGAGCGGGGGACAUAACGGACGAAAUCGACGAUGACCAGAGCCCGAGUGUCAUCCGACGAACGGAGGGACUUGAAGACAACACUUUUUAG